AUGGCGGGCUUGGGAAGCGCUGGCUCUUUUGGAAGCCAAAACAGGGAUAUCCCUGUCGCCUGGGUUGAUUGUGACUUGACUAAAAAGAGAAAAGCGUUUAAUGCACAGGCGCCUGACGAAGAGGGAAUGGGACCAAUCGGCAUGUAUUCCAGAAGAUGGAUGGAGGAGGUUUGGUGGGUUGAUGAAGAUGCUAUCGUGACUGACUCCAUGUAUACUCCAUGUUCUCCAUGGAUUCCAUGCCAACACAACAAUAACGGUCACGGUCAUGGUAUCUCAUGCAAUGCGAGACCCUGGCCGCUUACAGCUGCUGCUGCUGCUGCUGCUGCUACUGCUACUGCUACUGUACCUGAGAAUCAAUCCGGUCAAGUCGUGUCAUCCAAUUGUCCAGCUCCCAAUCCGACCCGUCCCCAUAUCUCUCUCAUUGCCGCCCUUUGGGAAGGGAACCCAAAGCUGAAGCGGGAGAAAGUGUGCGUGUGGUAA